AUGGCCUCCGCCUCCAUAUUUCGCCUCUUGGCCCUGUCCGCUGCGCUGGGCCAGGCUACCGCCUCCUUCAGCCUCGACACCUCCGGCCCCAGCUGGGACUACACAACCAAGGACUUGGCCGACACUACGUCGCAGGCUUGCAAGGAUGCCUACAGCGCCGAUAUCGACUGCGACAACACUCUCCUCGAGCUCGUGGCCUCCAUGGACCCCGACUUCGACCCGCAAUCCUCCGACUUGCAGGCCAUGUGCACCUCAACAUGCAGCGAUUCCUUGACGGAGUAUGUCAAGAAUGUCAACGCUGCUUGCGACCAGUCUGGCGAUCUAGCCGGGCUUGCGAGCGGGAAUAAGUACAUCUAUCAGGCUUCUGUCGCUACCGUGGGCGAGGUCUUCCAGUAUAAGUACGCCCAGGGCUGUGCUACGAGCGGUUCCGAUUACUGUUUCUUGACUUACCCCGCCAGCGAGGACUGGGCUAGGACCGAGUUCCCAUGCAGCGACGACUGCGCCAUCAAGUUCUUCCAAAACGCUCACGAGCAGCCUGGCUCGGCGUAUAUCUUUGACUACUUUGCUCUGGGUAACCAGUCGUCUUACUGGGAGGAUACGUUUGCCGGCGGUUGGGACACGGUGGUUAAGUGCGGCGACGGUGGAAGCGCCGUGAGCUCUGCUAGCUCCGCUAGUUCGAGCGCGGCUUCGACGAAGACGGAGAACGCUGAGACUACCCCUUCGGCUGGCUCCACUAGCACGGCAGUCGCUGGUGAGUCGACGACCGCAACGUCGACUGCGGCGACAACUGCCUCGCCGGUUCGGUCUACCUCUGGUGCUACUUCGGCGACAGCCUCCAGCCACGCUUCUAGGCUCAGAGCUCCUUUUUUCUUUCUUUAA